GGGGACUUGGUCCUCGGGCUGUCGUGGGCGCCGGCUUUUCGCCGCGCCGCCGCUCAGCAGACCCUUCUCUCCCCAGGAACCCCAUGGUGACCGGGACCUCAGUCCUCGGUGUUAAGUUCGAGGGCGGAGUGGUGAUUGCCGCAGACAUGCUGGGCUCGUACGGCUCCUUGGCUCGUUUCCGCAACAUCUCUCGCAUAAUGCAAGUUAACGACACCACCAUGUUGGGUGCCUCUGGAGACUACGCGGAUUUCCAGUAUUUGAAGCAAGUUCUCGGCCAGAUGGUGAUUGACGAGGAGCUGUCGGGAGAUGGGCACAGCUACAGCCCUCGAGCGAUCCAUUCCUGGCUGACCAGGGCCAUGUACAGCCGCCGCUCCAAGAUGAACCCGCUCUGGAACACCGUGGUCAUCGGAGGCUUUGCUGAUGGAGAAAGUUUCCUCGGUUAUGUGGACAUGCUUGGUGUUGCCUAUGAAGCUCCUUCGCUGGCCACUGGUUAUGGUGCAUACUUGGCUCAGCCUCUGUUGCGAGAUGUUUUGGAGAAGCAGCCAGUGCUGAGCCAGACAGAGGCCCGGGAGCUAGUGGAACGCUGCAUGCGAGUGCUGUAUUACCGAGAUGCCCGUUCCUAUAAUCGGUUUCAAGUGGCCACUGUAACAGAAAAAGGUGUUGAAAUAGAGGGACCACUGUCUGCUGAGACCAACUGGGAUAUUGCCCAUAUGAUCAGUGGCUUUGAGUGAAUACAGAUGUAUUAGAGUGAAUACAGAUGUAUUAUCCAGUUCUGAAGUUUGUACCCUUCAGAUUAGCUUUGAACUUAGCUGGCUCACAGCGGUAGAUUUUUCUUUUGUAAAAUAAAUCAAUCCUUUGAAAUG